AUGGCCAAUAGAAGAGAUCCACCUGUCGAUGCAGACAAUUUUGUCGAAGCCUUCGUAAGAAGGAUGGAGGCAAACCAAGUCGGUGGAAGGCUAGGACGGCUAGUAACAUAUAUAAAGAGUAUAGGGGCAACGAACUUUACUGGAGGGAAACCUCACGAGGCUGAAGAAUGGAUUUACAAUCUGGAAAUCCACUUUGAAAUGAUGGACUGUACCCAAGUAGAGCUACGAAGAGUGGCUACUUGUCUUUUAGAAGGAGAUGCUCGUUUCUGGUGGGACACAGUCAAACGUGUCACACUCCCUGCAACAAUGGAACUCAUGGAAUGGGCUGUCUUCAAAGAGAAAUUUCUGGAAAAAUAUUUUCCACAAGUUGAGAAAGACAAGAAAGAAUUAGAGUUUAUUCAACUUACCCAAGGAAAGAUGACUGUGAUUGAGUAUGAGACCAAAUUCACUAAACUUUCUCGUUUUGCUCCACACAUGGUAGAUACCGAUGACAAAAAGGCAAGACGAUUCAUUGGAGGACUGAACUCCAAUAUUCAAAGAAUGGUCACUCAGCGUGGAAUCACGUACGAAGAAGCUGUAGACAAAGCCUUAACUCAAGAGGAAGAGAAUCAAAAGUACCGCAUGGAGAAGGAGCGAGAGAAUGGUUUCCGAGGAAAAAGAAGUCAUCCAAUGUCUAAUCAGAAUAGCGGACAACCAUGGAAGCAGCAAAAAGGGAGAGACUCAUUUCGGAAGCCGACAUCAUCAACUGAAAAAGGAAAGGAGGUGGCAAGAGGGCCAAUUCGGUGUUUCAACUGUAGGGAAACGGGACACAUGUCUAAUGCUUGUCCAAAGCCACGACGCAUUCAAGGAUCUUGUUACAAUUGUGGGAAGGUGGGACAUUUAUCAAACCAGUGCAAUGCACCGAGGCAAAACAAUAACCCACCACCUCGUCCUGUCCAGCUAAAUGCCAUAGCUUGUGAGAACAUCGUGAUGGAAGGUACGCUGAUAGCAUAUAGUACUCAUGCUCAUAUACUAUUUGACACUGGUGCAUCCGAUUCGCUUAUAUCUGCUGCAUUUAUCAUAACUUUGGGAUUGACACCAACUGAGCAUGAUGAAAUUUUAACAGUCUCAACACCAUUAGAAAAAUCUACCACCUUAACCAAAGUAUGCAAAUCAUGUCCUAUACAUGUUCUAGAUACAGAAUUUCCCAUGGACCUCAUAGUCAUAAACUUGAGGCGAUUUGACAUAAUUCUAGGAUUUGAUUGGUUAAGCAAAUAUCAUGCCCUCAUAUGCUGUCGUGAGAAAAUCAUCACCUUCACUAUUCCUGGCCAACCCAUUCGAAAGAUUCACAUUGACCUUAUACCUGAAGCCAGACCAAUUUCUGUUACUCCCUAUAGAAUGGCACCAAAAGAAUUAAAGGAGUUGCAGACGCAAAUCAAAGGAUUGCUCGAUAUGGGAUUUAUCCGGCCUAGUGCUUCUAGUUGGGGAGCACCUGUUUUGUUCGUGAAGAAGAAAGAUGGAUCUCUCCGACUAUGCAUCGACUAUCGGCAACUAAACAAGGUGACUAUCAAAAAUAAGUAUCCAUUGCCACAAAUCGAUGAUUUGUUUGAUCAACUACGAGGAGCUCGAAUAUUUUCAAAGAUCGACUUGCGCUCUGGGUACCAUCAACUUCUGGUCAAGGAGGAUGAUAUCCAUAAAACCGCCUUUAACACACGGUAUGGACAUUAUGAGUGGUUGGUGAUGUCCUUUGGAUUAGCCAAUGCACCAGCCAUAUUCAUGGAUUUGAUGAACCGAGUGUUUAGUCCAUUUCUGGAUAAAUUCAUUUUCGUCUUCAUUGAUGAUAUUUUGAUUUAUUCUAAAAAUGAAGCGGAUCAUACACAACACUUGGAGACUACCUUACAAGUGCUUAGGGAACUAGAAUCAGAAAUGAGAAAGAAACAUCCGCAAUUGUUCAUAGAACAAGGUACGUAA